GCUCCAGCGGUCGCCCGUUCACCGUGCCACACGCCAUGCACGUAUCCAUCCCGGUUCGUGCCACGUCACACCAGCCCGCAGAGCCUGCGGGCGAUCCCUGCGAUGGCCUAUCGCCUUCCUCGUGGGUGUCGCCACCGGCACCGAUGGCACCGGUGGCACUGGUGGCGGGGGAGGCCCGGGAGCUGACGAAACGCAAGGACCGCGAGGACCGCGAGGAGUUGAAAGGUGAAGUGACCAAAGAUGAGAGCCUUAAGUCAAAGUCGGACACCUCAUCCAAAAAUCGAGUCCUGGUUAGCUUGGAGAUUAGUGACGAUGAGUUGGAUGGCGAUGAGACCUUCUGCUUGUUGCUGCGCAAAUUGUCAUCUUACAAGUUGACCUGGGUUUUGGUGACAGCUCUGACAGUGCUGGUGUGUAGCGCUUUGGCCAACCCGGUGCUGUGCACCCAAUCUCCAGCAUGUGAGCAGCACCACCUGCUCGACCAAGACCUCAGCUUCUACAGCGGCGGCGUCUCGGCGGCCUUGGCGUCAGUGCUGAUGCAUGAAUUGGCCUCGGUGAUGCUGACGCAUAACACGGCCAAGAAAGCCAUUGAUAUUAUUCCGGAUAUCAAGGAUUCCUUGAUUCCAUCCAUGCUGCUGUGUGCCACCUUUUUGGUUCUCAUCAUCGAAAACAUGGCUCUUGUGCUUGGUGAGCUUCCUUGGUACGCGCACGCAGCCAAUUUGGGAACCGAGUUGAAUGACACGCCCGUCUACAGCGUAUUUUAUGCGGAAUGGCUCAUCAAUGUGCCCAUUCUCCUAGUUUUGGCGGGGUCCAUUGCCCUUGGAAGGCCAGGGUCCGAAGUGGCAGAACCAUUGCUGAUCACCAAUGUUUACAUUGUGUUCGCUUGGGUGGCGAAUUUUAUCUCCAAUCUGGCCCUGCGAUACGCCGUGCUGUCGAUCACCUUCCUGAUGUAUUUCAGGGCGUCAUGGACCAUGUGCCAAUGGGUCUACCGAUGGAAACAACGCAAUCCCAAGGGGUUCCUGUUGGGGCGGCCAUUGCUGGCAUUUGUGCUGAUUAUCGUGUUCGGCAUCUAUGGCAUAGUCUACCUGGCUAGAAUGCAUGGUUUGGUCUCCUACCGCCACGAGCGCAUCUUCUACGUCACCAUGAAUUUCACCACCAAGUUAUUUGCAUCGAUGACUCUGGCGGGCAUCCGGUCCAGUGAUUUCCAGGAGUUGCUGUUGACCAUGUUGGUCAACAGGAGAACCUCCUUCACACGGAAGCACGACUAUGGAGAUCAGGUCACGCCGCUUUUAGAGAAGUGAAAAGGACUGCGGCAGAGCCUUGCGGAUGUCUAGUCUAAUUCAAUUGCAUUCAAUUGCCACAUAUGUCCAAAAUCAUUUGAAGUUUCAUAGAUCAGGAGAAGGAUUACAAUUUUUUGAGAGGUUCAAGUUUCACCUGCAAUUUGAGGCUUCAAAAAUGAAGCAACUGUUUCACCCAUCAGCCUGUGUUGAAAAGG